AUGUGGGCGACGAAGAAUCACCACGAGGCAGUGAUACAAUUGGAUGAAAACCUUCAACAGAAACGGAGGGAGUUGCUCGACAUGCUCGAGUCCUUCGAGCGGCAGCAGUGCUUGGUGUGCCUCCACCUCAAGUGCACUUGCUCCGGCCAGCAGCAGAAAUCGGAACUCGCGGCCACCGGCUUCGUCGACGAGGAGAUCCGGCAGUGGAUGAAUUCGAGCAAGAUCAAAGAGAUGUUGGAAGUCCAAAAAAAGAUUCAGCAGGUCAAGCAGAACUUGGCGAACAGCACUAGUUGCAGCGCGGCAGUCGUCGACGUGUUCUUCCAAAGCUUCAAGAUGUCACCGAACACCUCCGUCGCCUCUCUAACCCACUCCUUGUGCACCGCCUACGACCGGGUCAAGAAGAAACCGGAAUACUCUUACUUCUAA